CGGGACGCCAACAAUCUCUUCCGGGCCAACGCUAAACACAGAGGCUUGAGAUGAACAUAUGAAGUCAUAAAUUCUUGUUCAUAACUGCAUUUCUCCGCUGAAGGGAGAAGUUGUACCUGUAUAUUUACAUCUAGGAGCUUUGUUGAACAUCGUUCUUGUCGAAGCCGCAGUGGGUUCACGGCUCCGUGUCAACUGAACAUGUCUGCGGAGGAAGCGGACAAAACAACCACCACUGAUGCGAGCGCUGGAGAUGAGGAGGAGGAAUGGCUGUAUGGAGAUGAAUCUGAGAGCAAAGACGAGGAUGAAGAAGCUAAACUGAAUGCUGCAGUCAGUGCACCUGCUGAUGCUUCUACAGAAGAUGCUGCUGCACAUGCUACAGGAAAUGGAGUGUCCUCUGAGGCCACAGGUGAAGGAGCAGGUGAAGAUGUGGACAGUGACAGUGACAGUGAUGAUGACGACGAUGAUGUCCGAGUGACCAUUGGAGACAUCAAAACUGGAGCGCCACAAUACACAACUUAUGGAGCUCCUCCUGUAAAUCUCAACAUAAAGACAACAGGCUCCAGACCUUAUGGACAAGCCACGAAGCUGAAGGGAGUGGAUCUUGAUGCUCCUGGAAACAUUAAUGGGGUUCCAGUGCUGGAGGUGGACAUGGAGUCCUUUGAAGAGAAACCCUGGAGGAAGCCAGGAGCGGAUCUGUCAGACUACUUCAAUUAUGGCUUCAAUGAAGACACGUGGAAGGCUUACUGUGAAAAACAGAAGAGGCUGCGUAUGGGUCUGGAGGUCUCUACAGUCGGCUCGGUGACGAGCAAGAUCACUGUUCAGCAAGGCAGGACAGGCAAUGAGAAAGACAUAUCCAGUUUACCUGUUCACACCUCGAAGCCAGACUUCACAUCUCCUGUCAGCCUGUACAAGUCUGCCGUCAGUCAGGUCACCAGGAUCUCUCCCCCUCAGUGGACUGGCCCGCCUGCUCAGGACAUGUCCUAUUAUACGAAGACGAGUGGUACCAUAGAUGUGAUUGGUGGACAGACGGCCACCAUCAGCAGAGUUGAAGGGCGACGCAGACACAACCUAGAUGGGAACAAUAUCCAGGUGAUCUCUGAACACUCCACGUCAGACGCGGAACCCACCCCAGCUAAGAUACCCACCUUCUUCCCCCCUGGACCACUUCCUCCCAACAUACCCCCACCUCCAUUUCUCCCUCCACCACCAAACGUCAGCACUGCACCCCCACUCAUCCCCCCACCCAGGUUGCCCAUUACUGUCCCUCCUCCUGGUUUUCCUCCUCCUCCUAGUGGGCCCCCUCCUGCUAUUAUACCCACUAUGGACAGUGGCCACCCUGGAGGUUAUGAUGGACGCUCUGUCCCUCCAUAUCCGUUCCCUCAAGGUGCUUACCCUCCACCCAUGGCUGGAGGUGUGCCUCCUCCAUGGCCCCCAAUGAUGGACAACUCUAAACCCUGGGAUUACUAUUCACGUCGAGAUGACAAGAGAGACAAGGACAGAGAAAGGCCAAGGGAGAGGACACAUGAGCGGGAGAGGGAAAGGGAGCACAGUCCUUCAGCUAUGAGCUACACCAGCGACGAGGAGCGGUAUCGUUACCGUGAGUACCAGGAGCGUGGUUACGGUGAGCGCCAUCGUGACCGGUCGAGCCGAGAGAAAGAGGAAAGACACAGAGAGAGGCGGCACCGAGAGAAAGAGGAGGGACGCCACAAGUCCUCUCGCAGCAGCAGCAGCAGGAGGAGGCACGACAGCGAGGAGGGCGAUAGUCACCGGAGGCACAAACACAAGAAGAGCAAGAGGAGCAAGGAGGGCAAAGAGGCCAGCGAGGAGAUCAGCGCAGACCAAGAGAACCAGGAGGCCAUGGAGUAGUGAUUGCCAUCUCCUGUCCUUCCUCUCUCCAUCUGUCUCCAUUCCUGUCUGUCUUUCGUGUCUCCCACCAAGAAGAAAGAAAGAAAGAGAGAAGAUGGGCGCAAACCAACAAAACCAGAAAGUCGCAGAGUGAUUGAUGUGUCCUGUCACUCCCCUCUCCAUCAGUCUCCAUCCAUCCUGCUGCCAUUCAUCCUCAUCAUCACUUCAGAUGGAGAAUGGAGGGAUGGUCACUAGCUGACAUCAGGCGGAGCAUCAAUCUUCAUCCACCUCCUUCCUCUCUCAGCCCUUCUCUCAGAGCACUGCUGUAACAAUGAGGUCAUACUCACAGAUUUCACUGUAUAGUCAGGGCGAUCAGCAGAAUUUGCUCUUUUUCUGUCAUUUGGUUUGUUUGUUGUCCUUUUGUUCUUGUCCUGUAUGAAGACACCUGUAGAGAGCUGUCAGUUUAAGUUCAAUUAAAAAAAAACACUUUUGAUAAAAUGGC